UCAGCAUCACAGCCCUCAGAUACAGAGCUGCAGUACUGACCUGAUCGUCAUGAUGAAGCUGAGCCUGUCUCUGAUCCUCCUCUGGGCACUCGCCAGCACAGCUGGAGCCCUUUGGUGUCAAACCUGCACUGGUCAGAAGUGUUCAAAACCACAAGCAAAGAAAUGUUCAUCAGAGACGAUGUGCAUUACAGCUACUAUUUUAGCUACCUCAUCUAGAAAGACGGAAACACAAAUCUACAAGGCAUGUGCACCAUGCUCCCUGUGUUCAGCUACGGGCAAUCAGACAUUUUCAGUUGACCUGGGUGUUCAAAGUGCUCUUGCAUCUGCCAAAUGCUGCAACACGGAUAACUGCAACUCAGAAACUCUGCCUGCUCCUACUCCUCAGCCACGUAACGGCCUACAAUGUAACGUUUGUACCACCUCUCAGUGCAACACUCCAUUAAAGUGCCAGGGAGUGGAGGACAAAUGCUUUCAAUCGAUGAUGAGGGACGAUGACGACGACGACGACGACGACGACGACGACAGUUUCCCAGCUUACGGUUGUGCAUCUGCAAACCUGUGUGCAGCUGCUUCGAGCCUGCAUUUUCUACCUUUCAUGAAGAAAGUUGGUACCAUAACAAGAGGACCAACCUGUAGUUCACCCACAACCACAACCACUGCACCAACCACGACAACUGCUCCAACAACCACGACAACAACCACGACAACUGUUGCAACAACCACGACAACUGCUCCAACAACCACGACUGUUGCACCAACCACAACUACUGUCUCACCAACCACAACAACAGCUGCUCCAACCACAACAACAGUUGCACCUACCACAACAACAGCUGCACCAACCACAACAACAGCUCUCCUACUCCUCAGCCAAGUAACGGCCUACUAUGUAACGUUUGUACCACCUCUCAGUGCAACACUCCAUUACAGUGCCAGGGAGUGGAGGACCAUUGCUUUCGAUCGAUAA